AUGUUCAAAUUUGUGGAUGAAUUUGAUUUAGAAUAUUCAUUUAUGAAUAUGAGCCGCAGCAGCGGCGGCGGCAGCGGCGGCAUGGAGUGCGGUGUGGCGGCGGCGGGCGCAUUCCCUGCGCGGGCACACCCUUCCCACCCUGCGCACCCCACGCACCCCGCGCUCUCGCCGACCGAGCGCUCGCCGGCGAAAGCCGGUCUACAUGUUAAUUUCAGUGAUAAAGGCGAGGUGAAGGAGAGACGAGAAAAAUUUCUAACGGCCAAGUAUGGCAGUCACCAGAUGGCUCUUAUUCGCAAGCGCCUUGCGGUCGAGAUGUGGCUCUACGACGAGCUGCAAAAGCUCUAUGAGACACCUAGCGACGCCGCGGCGAAUUCGCAGGAGGUGGAGGUGGACAUCGACGAGCUGCUGGACAUGGACAGCGAUGAGAUACGCCGGCGGCAUCUCACGACGUUAUUAGCAGAUGCCAAGAAACCACAAAAAGAUGUACAUAAAUUCAUUAAUGAUUUGUUAGAAAAGGCUAAAACUCUA